AUGCUUUCCUCCCUCGAGGCUGCGAAGGUGAAACUGAAGAAAUAUUAUGGCGAGACAGAUAAUAUCGAAGGGAAUCUCUAUGCAAUUGGGACGAUACUAGCGCCAUCGAAUAAGAUGGAGUUUUUUUCAAGAAGUGAUUGGGACCCAGAUGAUACAGGAAAGAUUUAUAGAAAGGAAUACCGCGAGAGUCUUCAGUCUCUUUUUGAGAGAUAUAGCCAACAGCUUGAGAAGGCCCUUGACGCCGUUGACGGCGAUUCUUCACAACGAUCAACUGCUCCACAGUAUGACGAGCUCACUAAAUAUCUCCAGAGUGAUACUAUCAAAGGAUCCGCUCGGACCUUCUGGAAAGAUCAUCAGAGGCAAUUCCCUCUUGCAAGCAUUACCUGUGAUCUUAUGUCAAUUCCGGCGGCUGGUGCCGGAGUUGAGCGUCUUUUAAACUCUGCCCGGGAUAUAUGCCACUACCGCCGGGGCUCGUUAAGCCUAGAGACUAUUCGCGAUAUCAUGUUAUAUAUGUGUACAACAAGAUUCGAUAUCAAGGAGAAGCAACGGCUGAUUCUCCAAGAGUAUCGUUUGGAUCAUGAGAUUGCAGCUUCGGCCGAGGCACUUGAUGUCCAGACACAUAACUUCAAAGCUACCAGUGAUGAUGAGGAGGAUAUCAAGAUACGUCUUGAUAUACCGGCUGCUACGGCAAUUCCGCAGGCAACCGUAGACGCACCGCCACUCUCAGCAAUCGCCGCUGGAAAGCGGCCUGCGGUCACUUCCGGCGAUGAGGAAGGUUCUGAUACCAAUGAAUUUAAGGAUUCAGACGAGAACUCGGUAUCACCCUUGCCUGGCUUACCUGAUACGCAGUAUAGUGCAUCAGAGCCAUGA